UCGACUGGUGCGACCAGCCGCGGCCGUCAACGUCAAGCAUAAAGCGUUGCAGUAUUGCACACGGUCUCGGUCGUACUCGUACCACCACGGGUUAGUAGUACUUCCGAUGUACUUACACUCAUGACUUGAACACGCUGUGAUCUUAGGUACUUAACGUCUUUUCUCCUCUUUUUCCCUCGUUUACGUUCUUCCUAUUUUCAUUUUCAUUCGCUUCAAGCCGUCUCCGGUUCCUGCCCCGCCCAAGCUACGCUCAUACUUUCUCCACCGAAAUGAAGUUUGCAGAACAUCUCCAGGCUCACAUCACGCCAGAAUGGCGGAAACAGUACAUCAACUACGAGGACAUGAAAGAGAUGCUUUACAAAAUCAUAGAAGAAGCACCGUCAAUAGAGUCCACAGACCCCGAAAACCUGCACCGCCGUUUCAUUCAAUUCGACGAACAUUUUUUGCAGUAUUGCGAAAAGGAAUUGGCUAAAAUCAAUGUUUUCUACUCUGAAAAACUUGCCGAAGCAAUGCGUAAGUUUCAAACAUUAAAGAAUGAACUUGAUCUGCUAUCCUCCACUGCUGUAAAAAUGAAAGAUUAUGGUAAAAAGUCAGAUUCCAAUAAACUGAAUUUACCUCAACGAAAAGUGCAAGAGCUCAAAUUAGCUUUCAGCGAGUUUUAUUUGAGCUUAAUACUUUUACAAAAUUAUCAAAAUCUUAACUAUACAGGGUUUAAAAAGAUUUUGAAAAAACAUGAUAAGUUGUUGAAUAAAGAAAGUGGGGCAAAGUGGCGUCAAGAGCAAGUUGAACUAUCUCAUUUUUAUACUAAUAAAGACAUAUUACGUUUAAUUAAUGAAACUGAACAUACUGUUACUCAUGAUCUGGAAUGCGGUGAUCGUCAAAAAGCUAUGAAAAGACUCAGAGUUCCGCCCCUUGGUGAAACACAAAGUCCUUGGACUACUUUUAAAGUGGGAUUAUACUUAGGAUGUCUUAUUGUUUUGCUAGUUGCAAUUUUCAUUUCUGCUACUUUUGAAAAAAAUACCAACAUUAAACAAGCAUUCCGUUUAUAUCGUGGACCAUUCCUUAUUAUAGAGUUCCUUUUUCUGAUGGGCAUUAAUGUUUACGGAUGGCGAUCUUCUGGUGUUAAUCAUGUUUUGAUAUUUGAACUGGAUCCAAGAAAGCAUGUUACUGAACAACACCUGUUUGAAAUAGCAGGAAUCCUUGGUGUUGUGUGUGCUCUUAGUAUUUUAGGUUAUUUAUACUCUGAUGCUUUGAGUAUACCUGCAUAUAUAAAUCCAUUGUCCUUAGUAAUUUUAUUUACACUGCUUAUGAUAAACCCAAUUAAAAUAUUUUACUUUGAAGCAAGGUUUUGGCUGUUACGUAUAGUAUGGCGAAUGGCUUGUGCUCCAUUUUAUUAUGUUGGAUUUGCUGACUUUUGGCUUGCAGAUCAAUUGAACAGUUUGGUAACUGUACUGCUCGAUGCUCACUAUUUGGUUUGCUUUUACAUUUACAAUAACAAUUGGUAUCAAACUUCAGAUGUUAAAUUUAAUGUUGAAGAAUAUUUUAUUUCUAAAAUGAUAGUAAAUUGUAUUCCUGCUUGGAUUCGAUUUGCUCAAUGUAUUAGACGUUACCGGGAUACUGGUGAAACAUUUCCACAUUUAGCUAAUGCCGGAAAGUAUUCAACAACAUUUUUUGUUGUGUUUGCAAGAACAUUGUUGAAACAAACAAAAAAUAACUAUACUAGUAGUUAUGAUAAUCCAUUCUUUUUUUUUUGGGUUAUAUGUUCUGUGAUAAGUUCAAUUUAUACAUACACCUGGGAUGUAAAAAUGGAUUGGGGUUUAUUCAAUAACAAUUCUGGAGAAUAUACAUUCUUAAGAGAAGAGAUUGUAUAUGAUAAUACAGGUUAUUAUUAUUUUGCAAUUGUUGAAGACCUUGUGAUUAGAUUAUUAUGGGUUCCCCAAUAUUUACUUACAAGUUAUGGUAUUUUAUCUACUGAAAUGGCUAAUUCUUUAGUAUCACCUCUUGAAGUCUUUAGACGAUUUGUAUGGAAUUUCUUCCGGUUAGAAAAUGAACAUCUAAACAAUUGUGGUAAAUUCCGAGCAGUAAGAGACAUAUCAAUAGCGCCAAUUGAUUUCUCUGACUCUGCUCAAAUAGUUCGCAUGAUGGACGAGGAGUUGGGUGUGACGAACAGACGGAAACGUAAGCUUCUUCCAACAAAGAAGACUUUAAAAGAAGAUAGAUUGCAGUUAGUUACUGACCGAAAUUCAUAUUCUUUGGAUGUAACUGAAUAAAUCGAUUAAACAUCUAACAUAAUAUAUUCUACUUUAUAAUUCCAUUACAUUUUGUAUAGAAAUAAAUUGAAAUCUUGAUAAUAGACUUUGUAAGCUCAAGUAUAUUUAUAUAUAUAGUCGAAAACAAUCGAAUUUAAUUUAAUUUUUAGAACGUAUUUUUAAUGAAUGCAAAUUACUAAAUGUGUUACUUAAAAAGAAAUAAAAAAAGGGUACUGAAAUGAUUUUAUACACUUAAAUAUUGUGAUCUCUAGUUUAAUUAAGUAGUAUAAUAUAUUUUCAAUUAACCUUGGUUUAGUAUUAACUAUGAUUUUAUUACGGAUGUACGGGAAAUUGGUGCCUACCUUAUUUAAUUUUUUUUUGUGAUUUAGUAAAUGAAUAAUAGUCAAUUCAACAUAAUGAAAACAUGUUUUUUAAUUAAUUAAAAUAUUUUUAUUCCUUUAUUAUUAUUUGUUAAUGUUCCUGUAAAUGUGUUUUCAAUGAAAGCCAAAUUAGUUAUAAUUAAAGAAUUUAAUUAUAGGUGUA